CCCCCCGCCCUUCAAUCCCCAAUCUCUCUCCUCAUCGUCACACUCAUGUCGUCACACACGGCUUCCCAGCGCUACCUCAGCACCCGCGGAGGCUCUUAUGAUUUCUCCUUUGAAGAAGUAGUCCUCAAGGGUCUUGCCUCCGAUGGCGGCCUCUUCAUCCCAGAAGAGAUACCCUCUCUCCCCAGCGACUGGGCCUCCAAAUGGCAGCAUCUUUCCUUCCAAGAACUCGCAUACGAGAUCUUCUCCCUCUACAUUUCGCCAGCAGAGAUACCCGCUUCCGACUUGAAGGACAUCAUCCGCCGCAGUUAUGCUACUUUCCGAAGCGACGACGUAACCCCCACCGUCACGCUGGACCAAGACAAGAACAUACAUCUGCUCGAACUCUUCCACGGCCCGACCUUUGCUUUCAAGGACGUGGCGCUGCAAUUUCUGGGCAAUCUUUUCGAGUACUUCCUCGUGCGGAGGAACCAAGGCAAGGCUGGUCGUGCCAGGGAGCAUUUGACUGUAAUUGGCGCCACAAGUGGAGAUACCGGUUCCGCUGCCAUUUACGGGCUGCGAGGGAAGAAGGAUGUAUCUGUGUUCAUCAUGCACCCACAUGGCAAGGUCAGCGCAGUGCAGGAAGCUCAGAUGACGACUGUGUUGGAUGCCAACGUUCACAACCUUGCUGUCGAUGGUACCUUCGAUGACUGUCAAGACUUUGUCAAAGCCCUCUUCGCCGACCCGGAGAUCAACAAGACCCACCGUUUGGCCGCCGUAAAUUCUAUCAACUGGGCCCGUAUCCUCGCCCAAAUCACCUACUACUUCCACUCUUACUUCAACCUCAUUCGGCAAACUUCUUUUCUUCCUGCCUCAACUAUUCGUUUUGUCGUACCAACUGGAAACUUUGGCGAUAUUCUUGCCGGCUACUUCGCUAAACGCAUGGGAUUGCCUGUCGAGAAGCUGAUAAUUGCCACAAACGAAAACGAUAUUCUCCACAGAUUCUGGCAGUCGGGAAAAUAUGAGAAGCAUCCGGUGUAUGGAAAAGAAGCCGAAGGCGGACUGGUCGAAGAUGGCGUCAAAGCCCACGAAGGCGGUGUCAAGGAGACGUUGAGUCCGGCCAUGGACAUACUCGUUUCUUCCAAUUUUGAGCGGUUGCUCUGGUACCUAUCUUACCAAGUUUACAGCACAUCCGGAGAUGCCGUUUCGCAACGUCGCGCUCAGGCAGGGGAUCAUGUGCGCAACUGGCUCAACGAACUGAAGUCCAAAGGCGGGUUUGGCGUUGAUAAACAGAUUCUAGAAGCCGCGCAAAAGGACUUCGCCUCGUAUCGUGUCAGCGAUGAUGAGGUUUUGGAGACCAUCCGUUCCACCUUCAACGCGCCGACUUCGAAACAGUACGUUUUGGAUCCCCACUCGGCCAUUGGUAUUCAUGCCGCCCUGCGUUCGGCGGAGGUGUCCAAACCGCCAUCCACACACCACAUCUCGCUUGCCACGGCACACCCAGCCAAGUUCAGUAAUGCUGUAGAGCGUGCCCUUCCUGGAGACAUGGGAUACUUCAGAGAUCAAGUGUUGCCUGCCGAGUUCAGGGGCUUGGAGGAUAAGCCAAGAAGGGUCAGCCACGUCAAGAAGGCGGAAGGUUGGGAAGGGGUGAGAAAAGUUGUCAUUGCAGAGGUGGAGUUGGAACUGCAGGCGGCCGACGAAGCCAACGAAUAA